AGAAGGAGAAGAAGGAGAAGAAGGAGAAGAAGAAGAAGAAGAAGAAAACGAAAACGAAAAAGAAAAGAGAGAAAAGCCCUAGAUGUGUUGAUAUAAUAAUAUCUGCUUGGGUAUGUCCAUCAUCACAUCGUUCCUCCAUUCAAGUUAAAAAGAAAGACAUAUUACGGGUUUAGUAUCCUUCUCCUACCCUUCUUCUUCUCCUUCGUCUACUUCUUCUUCCUCUUUGAACGAUUGCCGUCACUAUUUCUUACCUACAAUAUAUCCCAUAUCGAACAAUUGAUUUUACUCGGUCAUUCUACUUCUCACGCUGUAUUCCUGUAUCAAAAACCGUUGGUUCAAUUCAUAAGGUUAUUGAGUCAAUCUAUCUAUCAAUCCACUUUUUCAAUUAUCUCAUCUCAUCCAUCGAUCGAGAACAUUUUAAUCUUUACAUACAUACGGAGUACAGAUACACAUACAGAGUACAUGCUCCGUACAUAUCUAAACUAUAAACUAAUCCCAAUUGAUUACUCAAUCCCUUGUUUCUUCUACCCUUGUCCUGCCUGCCCUGUCAAACUAUUGUAACAUACAUUCAUCAUACUUACCGUUGUUCAUACACAUCCCCGUGCCUCAUUAGUCUCACUUCACCAUUCUCUCGGGUCCUCUUUUCGGAUCGGAUCGUUUAGAAAGAGUAGGAGAUAUAAUACUUGGAACGAUUCCUUUAUACAAUAUCUUCAGAAAAUACACAAACAUAUCUUCUUCUUUAUAUACUCACAUACACCUGUACAAGCAAGGCAGCUAAUGUCCUUCCUUUUCACAGUACAACAGUGUCAACAUGAGCAUGUAGUUCGGAAUUGGUCCUCGAAAUCUUUCAAAACUUUCACACCACUCAAAACUACCUACACCCUUCUAGCCAACCAACAAUCUUUUCGUGAUCAAGGAUAAACGUCGGCAGUUCUUGUCUUCGCAUCAAAAAUUCAAACAUGUCAUCAAGUCAACCAAAUAUUGACCAAUUUGACUCUCAUCAAAAAUCUGCCCUGUGUUUGGAGGAAUCUAAUUCGACAUCUCCAACCCCAGGAAUCCAGCUUGAUCAACAUGGAUUACCACUAGUACCCCAGCCCAGUCGCUUUAAAGACGAUCCAUUGAAUUGGCCAACAUGGCUCAAAUGGGCUGUCCUGAUUCAAGUUGGCUACAUGGCAUUCCUAGGACCUUACAAUGCCGCACUCGUUAAUCCAAGUCUGGUUCUCCUGAGUGAUGCGCUUGAUGUUAGUCCAAAAGUGGCUUCGUACAGCACAACUACGGCAAUUAUCAUGGGUGGUGUUUCACCAUUCAUUUAUGCGCCUUUGGCGAAUAUCUAUGGUCGUAGACCUAUCACCUUAUUUGCAAUAGUUUUGACUAUUGUUGGAGGAGUAACAUCGGCUCGUUCAAACACUUUUUCACAACUUGUGGGUACACGUGCUCUUUGUGGCUUUGGGUUCGGUGGAAUGAUGUCGGUGGGUACUGCUUGUGUAAAUGAUAUGUUUUUUCUUCAUCAGAGAGGUGAAGCUACUGGCGUAUACUCCCUCUUUGUUACAAACGGUGCUCAUGUGGCUGCGAUCAUUGGCGGUUUCCUUGGGUCAUCCCUAGGCUGGCAAUGGGACUACUGGAUUGGAGCUAUCAGCACCUGCGUUUCUCUCUUUCUCGCCAUAUUUCUUUUCCCCGAAACUCUGUUCUCUCGCGACCCAUCUUACCUCUCCACACGUACCAAAACCCGCACGUACUAUGAACUUCUUUUUGACUUUCGCGGGAAUUGUCUCCCUAAUCGCUCACUCCAAUUUUCCCACUUCUUAGAAUCUUUUUACAUGCUUCGCUACCCUUCCAUUCUCUUUCCAUUCUGGUACUACACGUGGGGAUGGACUUUCAUCAAUGUCAUGCCUGCCAUCUCUAUCGCCGCCAUCUACACCGAAUUCUAUGACCUGGAGUCUGGUCCAAUCGGUGCCUGUCUGGGAGUCUCACUCAUGAUUGGUAGUUUAUUGGGAGAAUUUAGCGCCGGAAAAGCAAGUGAUUGUGUCAUGUACCGUAUGGCGAAGAAAAACGGAGACGUAAGGAAACCGGAAUAUAGACUUUAUCUCUGUUGUUUAUCGGCGGUAUUCAUGCCCAUGGGAUUGAUUGUCUUUGGAGCUACAGUGGGGAAGACUCAUUUCAUUAUUCCGCUUAUUGGACUGGCACUUGGUGUCUUCGGUCUUCAAAUCGCUUCCACAACCCUCUAUGCCUACGUCUCCGACUGCUACAAGCCCCAAACUCCCGAAACAGGGGUUCUCUUCAAUCUCUCCCGCGGCCUCUCAUUCGUAGUCGGAUAUUUCGCGUUGCCAUUUGCAGAUAAAGUAGGAUUUACAUGGGCUUGGUUUACAUUCGCAGUUGUGUUGUUUGUGUUUUUUGGACCAGUCGGGGCAUUGAUUUGGAAGGGAGAGCAGUGGAGGAUACAAGGGGGAAAACCAGAGUUUCAUGGGUGGCUGUAGGGGGUUAUGAGGAAGGGGAGGAAAGUUAUAAGGGUUUGAGUUCAUGGAAUAUGGAUGGUUUGUGAGGCUGGGCUUGAAAUCCGGCGAGAUGAUACCUACGUGAGGUGGAGUUGAGAAUGGGGUUAUGCUAUGUUAUGAUAUUGUAUGAUACAGUACGUCACGAGAUGGAGAGGAUCGCUUUUUGCUAAUAUUAAACUAUGUUGUUAAUAAUGUAAUGUAAUAUACCAUUUAAUAGAAUUAUUCAAAUGCUAGGAGAUAGGAAUGAUAUUCUUCUCCUUUGAUACCAUAACCGGAUAAGCUACCAGAACAACCUACCUCUCCUCGUCCAUGAAAAUCAACAAAGAUUUAUUGAUACCCAUUCUAUCUUACCCAUACUAUCCUCUUGUAUCCUACCACCCCAAAAAUUAAUCUCAUCGCCCAACCCACGGAUCGGGCUUCGCCUCCCCCGCAA